ACUUCAUUCACUUGCAAAUCAGUGUGUGCCCACAAGAGCCAGCUCUCCGGAGCCCGUAACCUUCCCAUCCCAAGAGCUGCAGUUUCAGCAGCGGCAGCAAGAACGGCUGAGCCGGCGACCGCAGCGGUGGCGGCGGAGGCAGGAGCAGCCUGGGCGGGUCGCAGGGUCUCCCAGGCGCUUGAAGGCGAGCAGAGAUAUCCUCUGAGAGCCAAGCCAAGAACAUUAAGGAAGAAAGGAGGAAUGAGGCUGGAUAAAGUGCGGUGAAAAAAGAUACUUCAAGCGGAGGAGUACCCACUACUCAGAGACCAGACUGUGUCAUCAGAAUGAGAACUUACCGGUACUUCUUGCUACUCUUUUGGGUUGGUCAGCCCUACCCGACUUUCUCAACGCCAUUGUCUAAGAGGACUAGUGGUUUCCCAGCCAAGAAAAGAGCCCUGGAGCUCUCUGGAAGCAGCAAAAAUGAGCUGAACCGUUCAAAAAGGAGCUGGAUGUGGAAUCAGUUCUUUCUCCUGGAGGAAUACACAGGAUCUGAUUAUCAGUAUGUGGGCAAGUUACACUCAGACCAGGAUAGAGGAGACGGAUCACUUAAAUACAUCCUUUCAGGAGAUGGAGCAGGAGAUCUCUUCAUUAUCAAUGAAAACACAGGGGAUAUACAGGCCACAAGGAGGCUGGACAGGGAAGAAAAACCUGUUUACAUCCUUCGAGCUCAGGCUAUAAACAGAAAAACAGGGAGACCGGUGGAGCCCGAGUCUGAAUUCAUCAUCAAGAUCCAUGACAUCAACGACAAUGAACCAAUAUUCACCAAGGAGGUUUACACAGCCACUGUUCCCGAAAUGUCUGAUGUCGGCACAUUUGUUGUCCAAGUCACUGCAACUGAUGCUGAUGACCCGACAUACGGGAACAGUGCUAAAGUUGUCUAUAGCAUCCUCCAGGGACAGCCCUAUUUUUCAGUUGAAUCAGAAACAGGUAUCAUCAAGACAGCCUUGCUCAACAUGGAUCGAGAAAACAGGGAGCAGUACCAAGUGGUGAUUCAAGCCAAGGAUAUGGGCGGCCAGAUGGGGGGAUUAUCUGGGACCACCACAGUGAACAUCACGCUGACAGACGUCAAUGACAACCCUCCCCGGUUCCCCCAGAGUACCUACCAGUUUAAAACCCCCGAAUCCUCUCCACCGGGUACACCAAUUGGCAGGAUCAAAGCCAGCGAUGCUGACAUGGGAGAAAAUGCUGAAAUUGAGUACAGCAUUACAGAGGGAGAGGGGCUGGACAUGUUUGAUGUCAUCACCGAUCAGGAAACCCAGGAAGGGAUUAUAACUGUCAAAAAGAUCUUAGACUUUGAAAAGAGGAAAGUGUACACCCUCAAAGUGGAAGCCUCCAAUCCUCACGUUGAACCCCGCUUUCUCUACCUGGGUCCAUUCAAAGAUUCAGCCACGGUUAGAAUUAUGGUGGAAGAUGUAGACGAGCCCCCUGUCUUCAGCAAACUGGCCUACAUCCUACAAAUAAGAGAAGAUGCUCAGAUAAACACGACGAUAGGUUCGGUCACAGCCCAAGAUCCAGAUGCUGCCAGGAAUCCUGUCAAGUAUUCUGUCGAUCGACACACAGAUAUGGACAGAAUAUUCAACAUCGAUUCUGGAAAUGGUUCGAUUUUUACAUCGAAACUUCUUGACCGAGAAACAUUGCUGUGGCACAACAUUACAGUGAUAGCAACAGAGAUCAAUAAUCCAAAGCAAAGCAGCCGCGUACCUCUAUAUAUUAAAGUUCUAGAUGUUAAUGACAACCCCCCAGAAUUUGCUGAGUUCUAUGAAACCUUUGUCUGUGAAAAAGCAAAAGCAGAUCAGUUGAUUCAGACCCUACGAGCCGUUGACAAGGAUGACCCUUACAGCGGGCACCAGUUCUCAUUCUCUUUGGCCCCCGAAGCAGCCAGUGGCUCAAACUUUACCAUUCAAGACAACAAAGACAACACCGCGGGAAUCUUAACUCGGAAAAAUGGCUAUAAUAGACAUGAGAUGAGCAUCUAUCUCCUGCCUGUGGUCAUAUCAGACAACGACUACCCAGUUCAAAGCAGCACUGGGACAGUGACUGUCCGGGUCUGUGCAUGUGACCACCAAGGGAACAUGCAGUCCUGCAAUGCGGAGGCCCUCGUCCACCCCACGGGACUGAGCACAGGGGCUCUGAUUGCCAUCCUUCUGUGCAUCGUGACCCUACUAGUGACAGUGGUGUUGUUUGCAGCUCUGAGGCGGCAGCGGAAAAAAGAACCUUUGAUCAUUUCCAAAGAGGACAUCAGAGACAACAUUGUCAGUUACAACGACGAAGGUGGCGGAGAAGAGGACACGCAGGCCUUUGAUAUUGGCACCCUGAGGAAUCCUGAAGCCAUAGAGGACAGCAAAUUACGCAGGGACAUCGUGCCCGAAGCCCUUUUUCUACCCCGACGGACUGCAGCAGCGCGUGACAACACCGACGUCCGAGAUUUCAUUAACCAAAGGUUAAAGGAAAAUGACACAGACCCCACCGCCCCGCCCUACGACUCCUUGGCCACCUACGCCUACGAGGGCACCGGCUCGGUGGCCGAGUCCCUGAGCUCGCUGGAGUCGGCGACCACGGAUGGAGAUCAAGACUACGAUUACCUUAGUGACUGGGGGCCUCGGUUCAAAAAGCUUGCAGAUAUGUACGGAGGGGUGGACAGUGACAAGGACUCCUAAUAUGUUGCCUUUUUCAUUUUCCAGUACAACACUAAAACAUGUGAAGUGGCUAUUUCUUUCUAUUUAUCCACUGCUCCGUGAAGGGUUCUCUGUUCUAGCCGUUCCAACAGUCAAUGGCUGCAGUCCGUGUGGAUCCAGUGUUAGAGACGUUUUUCUAGUACAGUUUUACGAGCUUCCGAGAGGCAAAUGUUUAUUUUUUAGUGCAUCUGGUUAACCAUGUCAGCUCAACAGGCGCCGUGCUAGGGGAGAGGAUGGGGAGUCAUCUUCUCCCGUGCUCUCUUAGGGCAAGUUUGGAAUCUGCUUAAUUCCACGGACCUGGUCUCUUAGGACAUCGCAUUGACUCAUGUUCCCGCUGACUGCUCUGUACAUUUCACUUGCUAAUGGGAUGAGGGAUUGUGCUUUAAUUAUAAAAUAUAGUUUUAGUAAAAGAAAUAAGGGAGGAACCACUGUUCCUGGUACAUCAGCUCACAAGGAGAUGAUGAACUGUGGAUGGGUGUGUUUUUCUAUCACAAAGAAUUUAAAAUGAUAUUUGCCAGUCUUUGCCCUUCACAUCUUUUUCUGGCACCAAUGACUAUUCAAGACAUCAGAUCUACCAACGUUUUGAGAUUCUCCUUCCUUUUUAGGAAAUGAUGCCAAUUAAGUGGUAACAUUCAAAAAUAACAACCAAAAAAAACAAAACAAAAAAAAACACACUUAAUAAGACCUCAUUCCUUGCCACUGACUUAUAAUUUGUUAUAUAGUAGACAUGCGAAAGUUUGCCCUUGCACCAUAUAAAGGGAACGGGAAAAUAGCUAAUAAUGUUAACAAAGGAAAUAUUUAGCAUAUUUUAAACUUUGGGCCACCAAAUGUAUCAUGGAUCACUUGAAAUUAUUUCAGCCAGCAGUAGGCUAAUUACAAAUAAGUCUAACUGUUUAAAACAUUCUUAAAGGAACUUUUCUGAGACAAAGUUUAACUCCUUGUCUAUAGUCGUCAGUAUUACUUGAAUAUACUUGAAAGUAGCAGUGUGAAGUACAAUAAUUCAUAUUCUUCAGAUACUUCUUACACAAUUAAGUUGCAUUAGUAAAGGUAGGUUAAAUAAAACUCAAAUCCCUCUCUCAAAGAGUUUAAUGGGGAGGUAAGAGCCAGUCACACUUAAACUUGACACCCUGUCUUUCACAUCCGGAAACAUCCGUAUAUUUAUAUAAUGUGAUAGAUGUAGAUGAACAUUGAAAUCUACAUUUCAAUGAUGAUUUUCAAUGGUGAAAAACUACAUAUCAAAGUUUGGAAGACGCUUUGCAGAGGGAAAACUUGGAUUCCCUUCAACAGGGGUGUUUAAGACAAUUAAAAUGAUAGUUGACUUUCAAAAGCA